AUGGAGGAAAAGCCACAGUCCAAGUCGUUUUUGGGUUUCAAGAGAAGUAGCGGCCUCGACUUUUACAAAGACAAGAGCUUGGUUUGCUCUAUACCGCUUCUUUCCCGAAGCAAUUCGACCGGAUUGGUCGCCAAUCCGAAACGUUUGUCGAUAAAAGACGGUAACAAGCAUAGGAAUUCAAUGGUUUAUCAGUUUCCUCAAAAGCCUCCUUUGAAGCAUAGGAAUUAUGCAUACGGCAAUGGUGUUGGAAUCAGUCCGGUUUUGAACGUGCCACCGCCUUACAUCUCGACAGGAGCGGCAAUUCUCUUCGGUUUAGGUUCUUUGUUACAUAACGGGAAAGUUAAGAAGAGCAGGAAAUGA